CCCUUCAUCGGACUUAAUUGGGCCUGUCAGUGGGCGGAGUCUCUUGACGGAAGCGAAGCGGCUGUAAGCAUCCAACUUGUGUAUUCUUCUUCUUCUUCUUCUGGGUCUGUUGAUUCCUCUGCAAAUUUGAACGAAAAUGGCGGCUUUUCCCGGAAAUCUCUCCCUCAAGAUGGCACAUCAGCUUCAGACCAGGGUCGUCUCCAUCCCAUGGGUAAGGAAGUGUGAUGCAAUCCGGUGUUUGGGAAGGAGGGACCUCGGUUCUUCUGUUCCUGUCAGGUACGUGCCCAAAGUACCUUCGAAAAGGAACAGGGCUAACAGCCAUGAGAAACCCGAGACUCCACCGGCCAAGAGUCCAGAGAUGAGUGAAGCUCAGAGCAUGUCGAAUGCCGAUGCGAUGAGGUAUCGGGUUUACCGUGAAGGUAAAGGAGAAGUGAUCGUGAAUGAUUUAGUGUGUGCGGAGAUUCGGAGACCCAUAGACAAGCGGAUGCCAAUCAUCGAUGUUAUUGAUGCUGCGCCCGGGUUGGGGGAAGAAACCAUUGAGGAUGCCAUUGAGAUCAAUGAUGACUUUAUUGAAGGAAUAGAAGCAGAUGUUGACGAGAUUGAAAUUCGUCAAGGGGAUAACAGUAAUGUUGGCAGUGUGCUAAGAGGUGGCAAAUCUAGAGAAGAUGCUGAAAAUUUGGCCUUUCAAUUGCUCGCUACCAGGGCAUAUACAGCAGUGGCAAUGACAAAGAAAUUGCAAGGGAAGAGAUUUCCUCCUGCUAUUGUUGAAGCUGUGGUGAAUGAUUUCAAGAGCAGAGGGUUCAUCAAUGAUGGUCUUUAUGCUGAGACGUAUUCUCGAUCUAGAUGGUCUUCGUCCUGCUGGGGUCCUAGGAGAAUAAAGCAAGAGCUAUUCAAGAAGGGAGUCAGCAAAUUUGAUGCUGAGAAAGCCGUAAAACUGGUUUUUGAGGAGUGUGAUUCUAGCUUUGAGCAGGAGUCAAGACUCGGUCUGUCAAAGGUGGCACUGGAUCACUUAUUUUCUCAGGCCUCAAAGCAGUGGCUCCGAAGUCAGGGUGUGCCCGUUGAUACGCGGAAAUCAAGGAUUGUCAGGUGGCUUCAGUACCGUGGGUUCAAUUGGGGUGUUAUAAACGUCGUCCUAAGAAAGUUAGAAUCACAGGCUUGAGAAGAAAUAAAAUCGACCUUCUGAUGCAAUUCUUCCUAGAAGGACCAGCAUCUGUUUUGGUGGACAUUGAUUUCGUGAUAGUCCUCUGCUGCCAUUGAAAUAAUGUCAUUGGCAUCAUCUUAAAUGUCGGAGGGCAAAAUGCAAUUCACUGACAUGGAUUACUGGUCGCACAAUGGCACUGUGAAGUCACUCAAGCUGUUCAUUCUGCCAAUAUUGCAUCACAAAGGCAACCCAAGGCUUCCUCUUGCUUCAGUAAAUAACAUAACCGUGCAAGCCUUGUUACAGGACGCAAGUGACAUUGUCCACUUGGGAAGUUCAAUGUGACGUUACAGUGACGAACAAUAUCUGAGUGAGUUGGUUUUUUCUCUCCUCAUCUUAUGUUCUGUAUUUUAGUUCAUCGAUGUGCAGUUGUAGAAAGCACUAUAUCUUUGUUUAUCGUUGACAUUUUUACAAUGUCUACACAAGAUCCUUCUCCAGUGAGCAUGGCCUUCUAGUCUUUUUUCUUUCUCGGGAAAAUCAUGCCUGUGUAAAUUUGUGACAUUUCCAGAUAUAUCUGUAUAAAAACGUGAUCCGUCAAA